AUGAAAACUAUCAAUAAUCACGCCUACUACCGACUUUUUGGCUACUUCGCUGCACUUGUUUUACAUGGAAGCAAUGGAAUUAUGACGUUUUUCGUGGUUCGAAACAUUACUGUGAAGGAUCCUGAGCUAGAAACAUUAUAUUCUUUACUGUGUGUGUUCAUCACCAUUUGGAAUGUGGUUUUUCAAAUAAUAUACUCAUUUCUAGGAAUCCUAUGUGAUUUACCAACAUCGCUUAAGAUUAAGGAAACGACUCUCACAAAAAACCUAAAAUUUUAUCGUGAAUUCAUAUUCACUAGUAUCAUUUUACCACUCUCUUUUAUAAUAUUUAUCUUAUUUUGGACAAUUUAUAUAUAUGACAGGGAAUUGGUAUUUCCGGCAUUUAUUGACAAAGUUGUGAGGCAAGAAUCCAACCAUAUAAUGCAUACGGCUAUUCUCCCUAUAGUUCUCUGGGAAUUCGUUUUCCUACCCAAAACUGAACCUAAAUCGCAUAAGUGGAAUUUAGCUGCUACUUACGGAUGUUACAUAACUUAUUUAUAUGUAUUAUUCUCAACGUUCGCCCGCUGUGGCUUAUGGCCUUAUCCCUUAUUAAAAAUUUGUUAUGGGUCCAUAUACUUCCCAAUGUUAUUCAUAGUUCCUGCCAUAAUGCUUUAUUUCAUUUACUACGGUCAAUGGCGCGUUAACGCACUUCUGUGGGGUACAUUAAAAGAGAAAGUUUGUUAA